AUGUGCAAUCUGGAAACCGAAGGAACAAAAUAUGGAUGCGGGACGCGCAAACUGAAGAAGAUAGAUUGCUCCAACCGGUACUGCAUCCAUUCUGUCUGUCAUCCAAGGAACUGUCCUGACUGUCAUUGCGAACGGUACUUCGGUCCCGAUGCAAGAGAGACUAUCACCCUCCGAACACCCGAAUACUGUGUUUCAUGUCAGUAUUGGUUCAAGGACGGAGCUUCGCAUCGUCGUUAA